AGCUGUCACCCCGAGGCUGCACCCGGCCAGGCGGCGCCGCUCGUGCUCCGGAGCCAUGGCCGCGGCCAACGGGGCGCUGGAGCACGGGCACCCCGACGGGAAGUCGCCCGCCCUGCCGCGCCCCGUACGCGACCUGGAGGUCAAGUUCACCAAGAUAUUCAUCAACAACGAGUGGCAUGAGUCCAAGAGUGGAAAGAAGUUUGCCACGUACAGUCCAUCGACGCUGGAGAAAAUAUGCGAAGUGGAAGAAGGAGAUAAGCCCGACGUGGACAAGGCUGUGGAGGCUGCCCAGGCUGCCUUCCAAAGAGGCUCACCGUGGCGCCGGCUAGAGGCUUUGGGCCGAGGCCGCCUGCUGCACAAGCUGGCAGACCUGGUAGAGCGGGACCGUGCUGUGCUGGCUACCCUGGAGACGAUGGACACAGGGAAGCCGUUCCUGCAUGCCUUCUUCAUUGACCUGGAGGGCUGCAUCCGGACCCUCAGAUACUUCGCGGGAUGGGCCGACAAGAUCCAGGGCAAAACCAUCCCUACAGAUGACAAUGUUGUGUGCUUCACCAGGCAUGAGCCUGUCGGCGUGUGUGGGGCCAUCACUCCCUGGAACUUCCCCCUGCUGAUGCUGGUGUGGAAGCUGGCGCCCGCCCUCUGCUGCGGGAACACGGUGGUGCUGAAGCCGGCUGAGCAGACGCCCCUCAGCGCUCUGCACCUGGGCUCACUGAUCAAGGAGGCUGGAUUCCCGCCAGGCGUAGUGAACAUCGUGCCAGGAUUUGGGCCCACGGUGGGAGCCGCCAUUUCUUCUCACCCUCAGAUCAGCAAGAUCGCUUUCACAGGAUCCAUAGAGGUUGGGAAGCUGGUGAAGGAGGCCGCCUCUCGGAGCAACUUGAAGAGGGUGACGCUGGAGCUCGGGGGGAAGAACCCCUGCAUUGUGUGUGCAGAUGCUGACUUGGACCUGGCAGUGGAGUGUGCCCACCAAGGUGUGUUCUUCAACCAAGGCCAGUGCUGCACUGCCGCCUCCAGGGUCUUUGUGGAGGAGCAGGUCUACACCGAGUUCGUCCGGCGCAGCGUGGAGUAUGCCACCCGGAGGCCCGUCGGGGACCCCUUCGACCUCCACACUGAGCAGGGACCCCAGAUUGAUCAGAAGCAAUUCGACAAAAUUCUUGAGCUGAUCGAGAGUGGGAAGAAGGAGGGGGCCAAGCUGGAGUGUGGGGGCUCGGCCAUGGAAGACAGAGGCCUCUUCAUUAAGCCUACAGUCUUCUCAGAAGUCACCGACACCAUGCGGAUUGCCAAAGAGGAGAUUUUUGGACCCGUGCAACCAAUUCUGAAGUUCAAGAAUCUCGAAGAUGUGAUAGAAAGAGCCAACAGCCUGGAGUACGGGCUCACAGCAGCCGUGUUCACGAAAAACCUCGACAAAGCUUUGAAGCUGGCAUCUGCCCUGGACUCCGGAACUGUCUGGAUCAACUGUUACAACGCCAUCUACGCACAGGCUCCAUUUGGUGGCUUUAAAAUGUCGGGAAAUGGCAGAGAACUUGGGGAGUAUGCUCUGGCCGAAUACACGGAAGUGAAAACCGUCACCAUCAAACUUGAGGACAAGAACCCCUGAAGGGAAGAGAGGCUACGGCUCCUCCCCAGAUGUGGGCCCCCCCCGAAUGUGGCAGACAGACAAGACAGACGUUCCCAGGCCAAGAACACUCUGCCUGUUGCCUCGCUGUGACACUUCUUCUCCGGGGACUUUAUACCCACGGCCUCUGAAGGGCUUCACCUGCCUCUCGCCCACCCUUUGCUCAGCCGCUGGGUCGAGCACCAGGAGAGGGCGCUGUUUGUUUUUCUGCUUUUCCCUUUGAACCAGGGUAUCCCCCACCCCCACACCACCUCAACCAGGGGACAGAGAAAAGGCUCAGGGCGUGCGGCCCUCAGGAAGCCAUGCUUGCAAUCUCUUAAUAAUGCUUUGCUAUUGGUUGGGGGAGACCUCAGUAAUGGUGAUGCAGAAAGACCCUCAUGCCUGAGGCUCUCAGGUCCCAGGUUCAGUCUCUACCACCACCAGAAGCCAGAGCCGAGCAGUGCUCUGGGGGGGAAACAUUUUUUUUUUUUUAGCAAAAGAAUUUUUUUGCUAUUAAUUCUGACUCCCCUUGGGGAUGUGGAGAAAUACUUGUUGUGGGGCCUGUAACCUGUAAAGCCUGUCGCUCUGACCCCCAUGGCCCUCCGAGGGAUCAGCAUCCAGUCUAAAAAAGGCCAAAAAAAAAAAUUAGGGGGUAAAUAAAUUAAGUUAGUGAAGAUCUGAUUGGGGGACAGCUUUAGAGAAGGAAGAAUCAGGGAAGGGUGUUGGCGCUGCCUUGAGACUCCGCUGAAUGCCGGCACUGCCUCAGGAGGCUGCAGAAACUUCCUUCAGUGCAGCGGCAGCCAGGCUCAAACCUGGGUCGCACACACAACAAACAGUGCAGAGUGAGCUAUCGGUUCACUGACCCACGAAGGACAUUUUCCUACCUUGUGAGUGAGCUCAUGGUUCAGGAAAAGCCUGAGGAUUUCUGCCCUUCAUUUCAGUGAUCUUUUUUUAUUUUCUUUUCUCCAGGGUUAUUGCUGGGGCUCAGUGCCAGCACUAUGAAUCCACUGCUCCUGGCAGACUUUUUUUUUCCAUUUUAUUAGAUGGGACAGAGAGAAAUUGAGACAGGAAAGGGAGACAGAAAGGAAGAAAGAUAGACACCUGCAGAUCUGCUUCACCACUUACUUGUGAAGCCUCCCUCCCCUGCAGGGGGUGGGGGGAGCCUGAAGCUCGAACCCAGAUCUUGCACAGAUCCUUGCACUUUGUACUAUGUGUGCUUAACCAGGUGCACUACCACCCGGCCUUCCUUGCUGAUCCAUUUUAGAUGAGUAGACUUUGCGUCACGGAAAGACCAGGCAUAUAGUAGAGACCCUGGAUUUGUUUGCUUGGUGGUUUUGUUGUUGUUUUUUUUUUUUUUUGGUCCCAUUCAAUACUAAGUAAUGACUAAGAUACCUCUUGGAAGUGCUCUCCUCCCCAAGUGGCCUGAGUCCUGCCUCUGCUAACAGGCUGUGAGCUUUCUCUUUCCCUCUCUCCACAUAAAACUGAAACACCCUCCCCAAGCUUUUCACCCAGAGAACACGGAGCAUCCCCACAUCACUUUGUAGGAAACUGCUAAGCAAGAAACCAGCUUCAACAGUGCAGUCUGGGUACUCUCAGCACUGAGCGUCUAGCUCUUCCUCCAGUAACUUUUGUCAGAGAAAUGAACUAAAUUUGACACGUAACCGAGGAGAUGGGCCAAGCUGCAGAAGAAACAACUUUCUGUCAAAAAAACAAACAAACAAAAACCCAGUGCAUGGCUAAGGAGAAGUCAUCUUCAAAUGGGGGGUGUUGUUCUUGUCCCCUUAGCCCACCACCCCCAUCUGUUGAAAGGCCUCAUUUACGCUCUUGGGAAGCUCGUGGCAUCAGUAUCUACCUUCACCCACUGAAUUUUCAGGACUCUCUCCCAAGUCGCUAACAGCAGUUAACCUUCGUAGUCAACACACAUACAAAGACUCUUUCUCUUUCGUUGUCCGCCAAGAAGGCCUUUUGUAUGAAAUGCUACGUUAUUUAUAAUGGGUCUCGUUCGUGCACCUUUUUAUAGUUGUAAGUACACAGAGGUGGCAUAUUUAACCUUUUGUAAUAUACUGUAUUUAGACAGGGAAAGCUAUAUAGUUAAUCUGAUCCCUCACCUUCUAAGGUUUGAUCCUGUGGUUCGCUUUAAAAUAUCCAUGAGCCUGGAAAGUCCAGACUUGAGCUGCAGGUGAAUUUCGCACUGCAGUGAAGAUAAAUAAAUGAAAGGGGGGGCUGAUUGAGAAACACAA